AUGGAGGAAAGAACUAUCCGAUCAAAAAAAGAGCAAAAAAUGGAAAAAUUCAGAGAAAUCUUAAAAGAAAGUGAAAAAUUUAAAGAUUAUAGUAUGUUUAGAAACAUUUCAAAAAGAUUCUUAUGCGAUCAAACAAGACUUUGUUCAUUUGAUGCGCGUUCAGCAGCAAAUUCUUCGCAUGAUGUAGAAAUAAUUAAAUCAAUUCAUCAAAAAUUGCGUGAUUAUCAACAAGAAACCCAUAAAGAGAUAAGAUUUGUGUUAUUUAAUCUGUUGGACGAUGACGGUUUAUUAAGGCAUCUUAAAGAAAUUGAAAAGUUAUGCUUUUUGUACUUCCUAAUGAUUGACUAUGUUUUUGGAUAUAUUCAUUUAAGUAAAAAUGAUAAUAAAAACGUAGCAAUUGAAAUAAAAGAUAGUACCUCAAAUGACACUUUUAUAGAAAUUGAUAUAGAACUUGUCAUUAUUAGGUUAAUAAAUUUAUUUAAUGCUUUGGAAGAAGGAGAUUUCAAAGAACGAAAGAACGAUAGCAUCUUCUUUGGAUUAAUAAUGAUAUUAUAUUUGAAUGCAAGGAGAAAAAAUUUUAUGUUCUAUUUGGGUAUAGAACCUAAAUGUAGCCGAACACAUCCAGAUCCAUAUGGUACCUUUCAUAAGUCCAUAGAUGGUCAUUUUUCUCCUCAUAGUUAUCAAUCCGAGAUUGAUAAAUUACAGAUUCUUCAAUUUUGA